CCAAUGGACCGCCCUCGUUUCGCCUCGGUCGCGUGCGCGCCUCAAAGCAAAGACGCGCGUGCACGCGCUUUCCGCGUCUGAAAUCCGUGCGCUGACAGCCAGCGGUGGGAGAACAUCAACAGCCACCUCAAAGACCGGGGAAUUAACUCAAACAUCCAUUCGUUAAUCGAGCUAGUUUCACCAGCUUUUGUUAUUGUUUUAAAUAUUGAGGGUAUCGAUUUUGACUCGGGAUCUCGGGAACCUUGAUUUCAACCAUGAAUCCGUUGUGUGGCAGAUGUAACAAAGUCGUGUACCCCACGGAAAAAGUGAAUUGUCUGGACAAGUACUGGCAUAAAGGAUGCUUCAGCUGCGAGGUCUGCAAAAUGACUCUCAACAUGAAGAACUACAAAGGCUUUGAAAAGAAGCCCUACUGUAAUGCACACUACCCCAAGACGUCGUUCACCAGUGUUGCGGAUACUCCUGAGAACCUUCGUCUGAAACAACAGAGCAAAAUGCAAAGUCAGGUGCUGUACAAAGAGGAGUUUGAGAAGAGCAAAGGGAAGGGCUUCAGCGUGGUGGUGGACACUCCGGAAUCCAUGAGACUCAAGAAGACACAGGACCAGAUCAGCAACAUCAAGUAUCAUGAAGAUUUCGAGAAGGCCCGGGGGAUGGGUGGAGAGGCACCUCCCCAGACACCCCCACCUCAGCAAAACACUACCUCAGCGUACCAGCCUCCUGCUCCCGCCGCCACGCAGAACUACCACUAUGAGCCUGAGCCAGUACAGCCAGUACGCCAGGCUGCGGCCGCGCCUCCACCCAGCGCUGGGAAGCGGUACCGGGCGGUGUACGACUACGUGGCGGCUGACACGGACGAGGUGUCCUUCCAGGACGGAGACGUGAUCGUGGACGUGCAGCAGAUUGACGAGGGCUGGAUGUACGGCCGCGUGGAGCGCACCGGCCAAAUCGGCAUGCUGCCCGCCAACUACGUGGAGACCGUCUGAGAGAGAGAGAGAGAGAGAGAGGGGUAUGCAUGGAUGGAUGGAUGGAUGAAACGAGAUAGAAAGGCAGAAAGAGGAGGGGGGUAAAGGGGAGAAUGAUCUCAACUACAACAACAACAAACGACAACAAAAGACUGGAAGGCAGGGAGAGGAAGGGAGGGCUUGUGUGUGUCUGUCUGUCUGUGUGUGUGUGUGUAUAUGUGAAUGCAUUACACACAUACGCGUGUGCGUGUGCGUGUGUGUGUGUGUGUGUGUGUGUGUGUGCGUGUGCGUGUGCGUGUGCGUGUGUGUGUGUGUGUGUGUGUGUGUGUGUGUGUGUGUGUGUGUGUGUGUGUGUGUGUGGACCACGCUGAAGCCCAGUGCCAUCUCAUGUUUUAAAAAUCAAAAAAAAAAUUUUGUUCAAUUUUUUUCCUCCUCCAUCAUCUCGUACAAACAUAAGUGUUGUUUGUCCAAAAGCAAAAAAACAAAAACAUAUACAGACUUCAUCUCUGUACAAAAAAACCCUGCUCAUCAUGAAUCUGCUUCCACAAUCGCAUAAGGAAACUGUAUCUUUAACAGCUGCCAACGCCCACCUUUCCCCUCCUUUUCCUCCUGUCGGUCUUUGCUCUUCUCCUGCACUCUGUCUGUGUGCCUGUGCCCCCUCUCUAGUCUCUGUCUUGUCGGUCUCUCUGUCUCCCUGUCUUAUCUGCAACGCAAGUCUCACAACCCUGGCGUCAUUUUUCGCCGUCAUUUGACCAGGCAGCAAUAUUCCACGCCGAACGCAUACCUUAUGGUGUUUUGCAUGUUGGAGCUCUCGCCCACAUCUACACCUCUCCCUCUACCUUACCCUAACAGUCUGUGAAGUCAUGUUGCCGUGAGGGAGUACAUUUUGGGGUUUGGGGUCCACUUAUACAGUUGGUUUCAAAUAUUGGCGCCUGGCAAGGACUCGAAAAGUGACACGUCGGGAUGAGCUAAUGUUGCCAUCUGCCUGGAUUUCUUUGUCUGUAGUCCUGUCUGUCUGUGUCUGUCUGUCUGUUUGUCUUGUCUUGUCUUGUCUUGUCUCGUCCGUCUGUCUUUCUGCCUGACUGCAUCAGUCUCGGUCCCGAGGAGGUGCUAUCACGAGUGGCACUUAAAAGUUUUAUUGACACACCUACACUUGAACGUACGUGUGAUGUGUACAUGAAACAUAAUAGACUUAUUUACGCAUCCAGUAGAUGUAUUGAUAACUGAUGCACACACGCAGGUGUUACAGGCUUCAUUAUGACACACCUACACUUAAAAUGGACGUGCAUUAAACACACCAUAUUUACACAUUCAGUACAUAUCAAUAACUGAUGCAAAUACCUGCGCGCACACACAUGUAGGCGUUAAUGGCUUCAUUCCCAGAUUCAGGGGGUCGUUCAUAUCAGCACUUAGACAAGCGAGACCCCACCGCUCACAUCUCAUCGCCAUCAUAUUUGCCAUCUGCUUCAGCUGUUGGAACAGCAAGUGCAAACACACCCCCGCUCAUUGCUGUUUUGUUUAGUUUCUGGGUUUUUUAUACAUUUUUUUUUGUCCUCAAGUCCCCUCAGAUGUAUAUUUUGUCAGUUCAGUCCUGUCAGACAUGUGUACAAACAAUCUCUGUAGUUAGGUGGUGAGUGAAGCUUGAAUUUUUAUUAUUAGACUUGUGAUCAUUCCCUUUUUGUCUUAAAGGACAAAGCGCUCAGGCUUGUGUCCAGUGGCAUCAGAUAAGGAUUAUGGGUUAAAAAAAAAAAAGAAAUCUCAGCAGUUCAGGGUUGCAUUCAUCUUUUUGAGGCUGUGUGCAUACAGCAGAGGGGAAGGGUGGGGUGGGCAACGGCAUGUCAGACAGAUCAGCAUUUACUGUACGUGUGAUAUCUGAUGCCUGUAAAAAAUGCCAUCAAUGUUUUUUGUUUGAUUUGUUUGUUUUUUUGCUACAUCAACAUCUCGUGUGCAAAGCAUGACCUCAUGAUGGAUUGUGGGUAACGUAGUCAAACUGGAAUUCCUGUUUUUAAGAGGAGCUCCCCUGUACCCAAACCCUGGUGGGGACACUGGGGUGUAUUUAGGAGAGAGGGAGGGAGGGAGGACAGGAUGAGACACUUCUGCCCUUCCUUCAGUCCGUUUGACUUAGAACUGGAACUGUCACUGUUAUGUGUUUUUUUUUGUUUUUGUUUUUUUUUGUUCAGUGUGUGCUUGUCAAAGAUGCUGCCUCUUUGAUGACAAGACUGGGAACCUCUUUUUUUAAUCAAAAGCAUUUAUCACAUAAAAUGGUGGGGAAAUCAUGUAAUUAUAUAACUAUAAUAUGUCAAAGAGAUGAUCAAAAGGUGUGGAGACGUCUGCUGGAAAGUUUUGGUUCCUUGUCUUUUCAUUGUUACUAGAGCUUGGAUGUGUUUCUGUCAAACAACAUGCCUGUUGACAAAAAUGAACGACAAAGGCUUGCUGUUGGGGCUUUGUAGCACACAACCUUUACAUUGUUAAGGGGACUGGACGGAGCUAAGGGUGGAAUCCUUUGGCAACAUUAAACUGGCAAACUGGACUGGGAAGCACCAGUCAGGACAAAAAGGUGGCAAAGCACAAAUGUUUAGUCAGACAUUCCUUUGAAUUCUUACUUUUUUAUUUGUUUGUGUGUCUGUUUCAUUUCUCUGCUGGGACAUAUUGUGUGUUAUGUUAAGACUCUCAGUGAUCGAAAAAAAAAGCUCUUCUUUAUCACAUCAAUUUAUCAUUGUGUCUAUUUUUUCUUUUACCAUGCUGUUUCCAUUGCUUUUCCUCCAUUGCUGUUGUAAGAGACAGUUGAAAUGCCAAUUCAUGAAUAUCAUCGAAAUAAAAGAAACACAUUUAUUUGUAUACCAAGGAAGGUCAGUAUCUUUUAAAAUAAUAAAAGCUAAACAAUG